AAAUUAUUUCCCGUAAAAAUGUAUGUAUUUAGUUUAAGAUAAAUUUUGUAAUGAUGUAGAUGUUUUGUUUUGCAUUACAUGCCUGAAGAUGUCCGUUAUAAAUGGAUGAAAAUGUUAGUAAAUAUUUCUUAAUUUUAAGUAUGUUGGUAUUGGUAUGUUGUGUAUGUUUAUUCCAGUAUUAGACAGUUAUUUUUUAACUGAGAUAUAGUUUGAUGAUUCUUGAAUAACAACAUACAGGUGUUCCAAACUGCUUUUAAUUAUUCUUAAAAUAUAGAUGAAAAGUCAGUUAAAUGAGUUAUCGAGCAUGUCAAAGUUAACCAAAAUUAUUUGAAUGAAUAUAUAUUUGGAUUUUUCAGGAACGAAUAUGAUGCCAUCGUAAACAGUAUUAACUUGCAAAUUCAUUUUGGCAUUCAUCAUCAGUAUUAUCAAGGUGCUUUACAACCCAUUCCAGAAAUGCUGAGCAUUCUGGAAUUGAGUAUCGAUAAACGCAAGACUCUGGCUGAUUUACGAAAUCAGAUUGGGCAAUUAGGUAUGGCGUUCUGUCCGGAAAGCCACGAUACAAUUCAUCUUCUGAGUGAAGUGCCUGCAGGUCUUCAUCUGUAUGAAGAACUAAGUCCUAGUCAAGAUUCGGAAAGUCUUAUAGAUUUACAAAUUACGGACGGAACUAAAUUAUUUGUUUGGAAUGGCAAAGAGGUUGGAGGCGAAAUUAUUCUCGUGGGCAUUCACCACGAGCCUAUUUUGUUAAAUGUCACCUGCAGGUUGAGUGACACAGAUUGUAUUAAAAUGACACGGGGAUUUCCAAAGAGUAUGACCUUAGGAGAGUUAAAAGUUCUGCUUUGUGAUAUUACACCCUUAAACUUAGAGGAUAUUGUCAUUAGUAAGGUUGAAUUUCAAAUUGUUUUAGAUGACGAUUCGACAGUUACAACCUUUGAUGACUUGAAAGAAGGAAUGUCGUUGAUAGAACUCAACCUUUUAGAUGGUGACAAUAUUCUUGCUACUAGCAGCUGUGAUAAAAGUGAUAACUAUACAAAAUUGAUUACUGUAAUUGUUGAGAACAGAUGCAUGAUUAACAGUGGUUGUGCACUUCCCAAUCCAAUUCAAAAUGAAGUCGAAGUAGAUCCAAAACAAAAUAUUUCAGAUCUUUUAAACCUGCUCAUACAACGAUUUUCAUUCGACAACAGUAUUGAUUAUAGACUGAGAAAAGUCGCCGAUGGUCGUCGUCAGAAACCGUCAAUUUAUUUAGAUUUAACUCUUAGAGAAGCGGGGAUAACGGACAGUUGUAAAUUAAUUUUAGAAAAAGGAGUUUCACCAAAGUCUAAUCAAGUAACUUUACUGUUUAGCAUAAAUGAGAUGAUUGAUGAUGCUCCUGCAUAUGAAGUGACGGUCAGUCGUAAAUUAAGCAUUUCAGAAUGUCUAAAAUUAAUGCUGAAGCAGUCCGGUUUAGAUGGAGAAAGUUGGCAUCUUUGCAAGACGAAUUGGCGUGGAGAACCCACCAGUCCAUUAGUUAAUGAAAAUAUGAGCUUAGAAGAGGAAGGAGUGGAUCACGGUGAUUAUUUGAUUAUUUUAGAAGGUCGUCUUCCUCCUCCAGGAUAUCUCACUCUUUACAUGUGGUUAUAUGAAACAUUCACUUGCAAUCAAAAUCAAAAUUCAAAUGACACAAGAAGUAAGUCUAUUUAGUUGCAAUUUCUUUGU